AUGGGGUUACUAAAUUAUCGGUAUUUAAAUCAAGGUCACCUGAAAGGUCUUAAUGAAUAUAAGUAUAAUGCUGUUGACACAUCCCCCGUAUCUAAUUAUAUUAUGCAACCAUUUUGGAAUUGGUGCGUUGAGUUUUUUCCACGUUGGUUGGCACCAAAUUUAAUGACGCUUCUUGGUUUUCUUUUUCUUCUGGCUAAUUUUGUGAUAUUUUCGUAUUAUGACUUUCAUUUUACUGAAGCACUUGCUCUACCACCAUGGAUUUGGCUUGUUGCAGCUGUAUGCCAAUUUAGCUCACACCAAUUAGAUGGUAUGGAUGGAAAACAAGCUCGGCGUACCAAGAGUAGUAGUGCUCUAGGCGAAUUAUUUGAUCAUGGUGUUGACUCAUGGGCUAGUUUCUUGUUUCCAGUUUGUAUUUUUUCUGUUAUAUCGAAAGAUGCAUAUGGAUUUAGUCCAAUGGCUAUGCAUUUAUUACUUUUAUCUACUUAUAUACCAUUUAUUGAUACACAUUGGGAAAAAUACAAUACCAAAAUACUCUAUUUACCAUGGGCAUAUGAUAUAUCAAUGUUGCUUAUGACUGCAACAUAUCUAUUAGCAUUUUUCUUUACCCCAGCUAUAUUUCGUUUUGAUGUUCCUAUUAUCAAUGUCUCAUUUGCACGCGUAGCGCAAUAUGUAUGGCCACUUGCUGGAUUAUUGACCUCAAUUCCGAUUAGUAUUGUUCACAUUUAUGAAUCGUAUCGCAGUGGUAAAGGUUAUAAUCGAACAUUUUAUGAAGCACUACGACCGUUAUUAUCACCAACUAUUCUAUUCAUCUCCUCAACUUGGUGGGCAAUUGCAUCACCUGAUACGAUAUUACAACAACAACCACGUAUAUUCUUGACAGCGGUUGGUACGACUUUUUCCAAUAUUGCUUGCCGCCUUAUUGUUGCACAAAUGACAUCAACUCGAUCGGAUGGUAUUAAUACUCUUCUCUAUAUUUUUGUGCCAAUACAAAUAAUGUCUGUUUAUGGUGUAUUUAUGAAAAGCGCAGAAUUAACUUGCUUAUAUUUAUAUACUGCAAUUGCUAUUUUAGCACAUCUUCAUUAUGGAUGUUGUGUGGUUCAACAGAUAUGUGAUCAUCUGAAUAUAUAUGCAUUCAACAUAACUGCUCGCUCAAAGCAGUCGUCAGCAACUACAGUUAAUGCCAAACAUUCUUAA